AUGCAGCGUCUCGCCGAGCCUUCGGUACCACCGACAACAAAUGAUGCCCCACCGGUAAGCCCAGCCUCCUGUUGUGCCACUACCGCUGCCGCACCUACGCUGUCAUUGUCUGGCGCCGUCAGCAGACCCACGCCGACAACCGUCGAUCAACCGGCAGCGUUCCCCAUCAGCGCGCCCGCUCCAGCAACGUGCAACGCUGGAAGCGUCCUUGAGACUCCCAGCUCAACCACGCUACCUCCGGAUCCCAAGAGCGUCAAUACUUCGUCGGCGUCGCAAUCGGCCGCGCAUGAUGCUGUUCCCACCGGAUCUGCGCCUGGAAUAUGCAAGGAAAAUUCUAUGUGUGCCGACAAGUCCGUUUUGAAGAGCGGCGUUCCUCUCGUCCCCACAGUUUUGCCCUCUACUAUUGCGGCCGACGACUCUUCGACAGAAAUGGACUUCACGGCAUCCCAAGGAAACGAAGAUAAUACCUCAUACCCUGAAGGCAGCUGGAACACCGUGAGGGCCAACCGGAAACCUGCUUCGACCGCCCGACCUCGCACCGAGCUCAUCACUGGCACCGUGCUCACCAAUGCCCUCAGCACAGCGUUGCGGCCAAGUGCCGCCGCUGUGCAGCGCUUCUGCCUGCAGAUCCUGCUGCUCACGUUUUGCCCAACCCUGGUGCAUCCAUUGCCAAGUCAAUACUCAUUCAUCUCUCGACUCCCCUGCCCUUUCCUCCUUGCUAAACAGCGGGAGUGUGCCAAAGCCGCUUUUCUCCGUCGCACAGCCUUGCGCCGAACCACCCAGCCAUGCCCGCCCUCCUCUUCGACGCAUGAAUUCCGUUCACCCCCCGCAACAUCCACCCCGGGAUCCUACGCCGCUAAAGUGAAAGGCGCGUCACCGGUGUACCCUCCUUCCUCUAACAACACACCCUCACCAUCCAUGGGUAACGAGCGCCGUUCCUUCGAUCUCGGGCUCGCAAUGCUGGAACGCAACCAGCGCGAGCAACAGCGCGUCUCAGAUGAGUUACAGCAGAAAAUCCACGCUUUGACGCAGACCCUAGAAACCACUACCUCUUCUCUUACCUCCGAACUCGCGGAGUUGAAUAAGCAACUCGCCACGCUCACCGCCCGACCUCCGACUUCCAUGUAG